AACAAAAGACAACCUCAUACCAGAAGUAAAAAGCCAAACGGAGUUCGACAGUUUACCGAACUUCACUUAUAACAUCUCAUCGUUCAAAACACUUUUGCAGAAAAAUGUAAUGAAAGGAAGACCGCAGCUUUUGAUUAAAUAGCCUCGGGCGUUGGUAUUUCCCAGCCUCCAUCCAACGAGACUCGAGGUUACGACCAACAACAUUGCCAGUCAUCAUUGUACAUUUGAAACUAAAUGAGCUUUGUAAUUAGUUAGCUCGGGGAUUCAUUGCAUAUGCUAUGGACGAGGUGACCUGGAGAGCAGGCAGUGUGACCCUGGUGAUGUGUUGGGCAGACCGCACCACCCUCUGGAGAGCCCUGCGGUUGCGGGCGGUGCAGUUUCGGUACCAGGCGGUGAUACAGCUCGACAGGAUGCUCUCAAUUGUGCAUCUGUAAAAGUUUGUGAGGGUCUUCGGGGCCAAGACACAUUUCUUCAGCCUCCUGAGGUUGAAGAGGCGCUGUUGUGCCUUCUUCACCACGCUGUCUGUGUGGGUGGACCAUUUCAGAUCGUCAGGGAUGUGUACGCCGAGGAACUUGAAGCUUUCCACCUUCUCCACUGAUAGUUCCUAAACCAGUUAUACUUAGCUGGAAAGGUUUAUUUCAAAGAGAAGUUGUCUUUUUCCAUAACAAGCAAACAAAAAUUGCCUUGCUAUUUAGGAUGGUGUCAUAUUGCUAAAUCUACAUAUUAAUAGUGUAACUAGCUAGUGUGCUGUUAAAACUGCACUGUCACUCUUCAUCAUAUAGGAUUCUGAAGACCCGUCCAGCCCGUCUCCAUCCUGCUCCACUGAACCCCAACCCAUGGUGUCCCCGGGUCCUGACAACAACCAUGGUGACCAGGAGGACAGUAACCAUGGUGAUCAGAAAGACACACCGCAGGGUCAGGAGAGGGUUACUGUGAGUCUGGACAUCAACAGUGAAACACCAACAUUUAAUAUCGUAGUCAAAGAAGAAGAAGACUGGGAACUUGAUAAUACAGGAGAGAGUCCCAGCCAUCACUCUGCAGCCGGGGAGAGACCCUCUACAUCAGGAGAACCUGAACAACACCAGAUAAAACGCAGAACGAGGAAGAAAAAGACCCACCCAUGCCCAGAUUGUGGGAAACACUGCCAGACAUUAUCGGCACUACAAAUACACAUGAGAACCCACACAGGAGAGAAGCCUUACGCUUGCUUUGUGUGUGAGAAAACGUUCAUUAUUAGACAAGCUUUGAAAACACACCAGCGAACACACACAGGAGAGAAGCCUUAUACCUGCUCUGAGUGUGGGAAGGGCUUCGCUCAUCAAUGUAGUUUGAGAUACCACCAAAAGAGGAAUUCUGAACAGAUUAAAACAGACCCAAAUGAGAAGAUAACCUGCUGCUGUGGACAAGAGUUCUCCUCAAAGUGCGUUCUGGAGGUUCACUUGAAGACAGACACUGGAGCCAAGCCUUACACCUGCUGUGUGUGUGGCAAGAGGUUCAAUAAAGAAUCAUUAAAAGAACACCAGCGAUCCCACACAGGAGAGAUGCCUUACUCUUGCUCUUUCUGUGGCAAGGGUUACUACCACAAACCGGCUUGGAAAGCCCACGAGCGAACACACACUGAGGAGAAGCCCCUGUGCUCUGUGUGUGGACGGACCUGCUCUAGUAAGUAUACGUUAAAAGUCCACCAGCGAACACACACAGGAGAGAUGCCUUUCCUCUGCUCUGAGUGUGGCAAGGGCUUCAUCAGUAAAGGACUCCUGAUGACCCACGAGCGAUUCAACUGUUCUGGGGGAGAGGAACGACGGCGAGCAAAGAGAUUUCACAAGUGUCCAGACUGUGGGAAGGAGUUCACACAAGCAAACAAACUGGAGAGACACAUGAGAACACACACAGGAGAGAGGCCUUACCAGUGCUCUGUGUGUGGGAUGACGUUCAACCAGAAAGGGAAUCUCAAAACGCAUUUUAAAGUGCACACAGGCAGGGAUCCCAGUUUCCUGCCUGACAUGGACAUGAGGACGACUUCUUCAGAAGCAGUGAAACAACUUCCGGACAACAGACAUAAUGUUGGGAAACCACAACGAUGCCUGAAUCAGAUUGGCAAGGAGGGAACCCACAACCUUCCGGCACCACAAACCCACAACCUACCGGCACCACAAACCCACAACCAUCCGGCACCACAAACCCACCACCUCCCGGCACCGCAAACCCACCACCUCCCGGCACCACAGAGGGAGGGAAGCCACCACCUCCCGGCACCGCAGAGGGAGGGAAGCCACCACCUCCCGGCACCGCAGAGGGAGGGAAGCCACCACCUCCCGGCACCGCAGAGGGAGGGAAGCCACCACCUCCCGGCACCGCAGAGGGAGGGAAGCCACCACCUCCCGGCACCGCAGAGGGAGGGAAGCCACCACCUCCCGGCACCGCAGAGGGAGGGAAGCCACCACCUCCCGGCACCGCAGAGGGAGGGAAGCCACCACCUCCCGGCACCGCAGAGGGAAGGAAGCCACUACCUCCCGGCACCGCAGAGGGAAGGAAGCCACCACCUUCCGGCACCACAGAAACCCACCAUGUCCCCCAGGGGAGAAAAACACUAUCUCUGCCCUGAAUGUGGCAAGACUUACACCAGGGAAUACGACCUCCGGGUCCACCUCAGAACGCACACAGGAGAGAGACCGUACAAGUGCUAUGACUGCGGGAAGGCCUACGUCCGGAAAAACAAUCUCCAACAACACCGGCGGUCACAUGCUCCCAAGCCCAUGGGACCGACCCGCCAUUUAGGCAGACCACCCAGGGUGGGCUCUAGUAGUGGAAGGUCCAACCAAUCACCCAGGGUAGGAAGAGCUAAGCAAAAAAUACAUACAUCAAUGUAAAUAUGAGAGACUCAUGCCCUUACCGCAGAUGGAGAGAGGACACUGGCAGUACUGGCACCUUUAAACAUGGGGCUGAGUCCAUAUCUUCAUCCCAAAUGGCACCCUAUUCCCUAUAUAGUGCACUACUUUUGACCAGGGCCCAUAUGGGAACCUUGAGGGCUCUGCUGAAAUGUAGUGCAUUAUAUAGGGAAUAGGGUGCUAUUUUGGACACCCACCAUGCCUCUUAUGACUACAGAAUCGUUCUUCUUUCUGGUGUGUGCGCGCGUCUGUAUGCGCGCACGUAUUUGUGUGUGUUGUAGAGGUCGGCCGAUUAAUCGGAAUGGCCGAUUAAUUAGGGACGAUUUCAAGUUUUCAUAACAAUCGGAAAUCGGUAUUUUUGGAUGCCGAUUUGGCAGAUUUUUUUAUUUUUUUAAUUUUUUUAGACCUUUUAUUUAACUAGGCAAGUCAGUUAAGAACACAUUCUUAUUUUCAGUGACGGCCUAGGAACGGUGGGUUAACUGCCUUGUUCAGGGGCAAAACGACAGAUUUUUACCUUG